AUGUGUCUCUCCGCCUACUCGUUUGGGAGAAAUCAGGCAAUCCACCCACAAAUGCCGAAAAAGCCACACCAUUCGAGCAGCUCACCAGCCCAAGUUUCCGCUUCGCUGGCAAGCCCCUCUUUCAGAGGCUCGCUUCGCGAGGUGCCUCCGGCACGCCGGGGUCCCCCCGUCCCUCUGGAACGAGGGGAUUGUGCUAAGCUAGCGCGGUCCCAGGUCUGCUGGGAGCCUGGGAUCGCGCCAGAUCCUCCGGAAACGGUUCGGAUGAACCUCUUGGCUGCGGUAGAAAAAUAUUAUACUGAUAUCACUAGUGGCAUCUCAGCAUUGUGCUUUUUGAAGUGA